AUGUACUCGGUGCCCAGCCCACCACCACAGCAGUGGAAUCCAGGCCCAGUGCCAGCCCUCGACAGAACUCGGACAGCGUCACCCCCUACCUCGCCAACCUCUCCAUCUCGCACUGGCCGAUUGAGGGGUUUAAGUUAUCUGCGAAGUUAUACACAAACUCAUAUCCUGUCGCGCGACAGCCACAGUCACAACAACAGCUCAACUUCUACUCCUACUCAGCGUCCGUCAACCCUGGCCCGCGCUACAAGCUACCCAUCACCGACGUCAAGGGGAUCUGCAGGACCAUCUGCACCCAGCUCGCCUGCACUACCAAGCAUCGUUCCUCAACAGGCUUCUACACUGCAAUCCCCGACUGCCCAGCGAGCCCCUUCCGACAUUCCCUUCGCAAGAUCGAGCAAUCCGGACAGUUUGGGAGGUACAAGUGGCUGGCUCCCGACCGUUGGUGGGCAGAGUGCUGUGUCGCGCAUUGCUUCCGAACCGCAGUCAGUCAAUACCGGGUCAUCUUCUGCUGUUUUGUCAGGAAACAGCCCAUCUGACGUGACCUCCGAUCUCACUGCUUCUAUGGCUCGCACAAGAUCUGCCACGACGGGCACCGCUCCAGAUAUCCUGCCCGCUCAGGGUGGGGAUACACAGUCUCGAACUGAUCCCACGAUGGUUAAUGGAAAUGGGGGAAACCAAGGCAUGGCACAUCAACUACCUUCAAUACGAUUUUCUGCCCAUCAGGAUCCCAGAGCACAACGACCGUCACUGGUUUUCCCUCCGAUGUCUCGCAUUCUGCCUACUGGAAAGGAGACAAUCAAGGUGGGGCGAUACUCGGAAAGAGACAAUAAUCCUACUCAAGCUGCAAACGUGCCUUCAUCUGCACCAGUUGGUUUCAAGUCGAAAGUAGUCAGCAGACGGCACUGCGAAUUCUGGUGCUCUGGAGGACGCUGGUUUAUCAAGGAUGUAAAAAGCUCUUCCGGCACUUUUCUGAAUCACAUCCGACUCAGUUCACCAGGUACUGAGUCAAGACCAUUUCCCGUCAAUGAUGGUGAUAUAGUGCAACUUGGAAUAGAUUUUAAGGGAGGGGAGGAAAUGAUAUUCAGAUGUGUGAAAAUCAGGGUUGAGUUGAAUAAGGGCUGGCAAAACGGGCCAAGCAGCUUUAACGUUCAAUCACAUAAACGUUUACGAGAACUGAACAGUCAAGGGAAGCCACCCGCAGCUGGCUCGUCACAGGACUGCUCCAUUUGUCUGGGACCUAUUGCUCCCUGCCAGUCUUUAUUCGUGGCUCCAUGUUCGCAUACAUGGCAUUACAAAUGCAUUCGAGUUAUAAUAAACGGACCGCAUUGGCCUCAUUUCAUAUGCCCGAACUGCAGAAGUGUAGCAGACCUAGAGGCUGAACUAGACGACCCAUAUGCGAAUGGUGAAUGGGAGGAAAUAGAAGCUGCAGAUUCCGAUUCCCCAGGAGAAGUUCCACGACAAGCCGAAACCGAACUUGCAACCGCAACCGCGACCGAACCUGCAGUUGAAACGCUGCAUUUACCAAAUCGAAACACUAUUUUAUCUGAGGAUACCGGAGUUCUGGUUGAAGCAGAAGAUCAUUCGGAACCAAACCGCAAUAAUCAUAACAACAGCCACAGUGAUGUUGAGAUUGCGGAGGCCAGUGAUGACUCAGGUCCUGACCAGAGUGUCCAAGCAGCAGCUUCAUCUUUGGGAUACUUGACUAUAAAUCAGAAUCAGUCUCCCUCUCCUUCCGAGUCAGUGUCGGAUUCAAAUCCCCAAGAAGAAGACCCGCACCAAGAAGAAGACUCGCAAGCUCAGCCUGUCUCCAACGCAACCUCAGCACCGGUCAACAUUGUUCGAAAGGCUGUUGGCAGCGCCGGAUCACGUCUGGAACAGCCAAUCUCCCAUCCAGAAAGGCACUUAACACGGACACCAAGCCCCAACGGCCUGGGUACGUCUCCCGCCGGUGUCGAGGGUCCAAUGACGCCCAGGAACGACAUUGGACCUUUUGUGUUCGAUGGGAGCGCAGGCCGCGCAGCAGAACUGGCAACACAGAACCUCAAUGCUGCCGCUGUCACGUCUACACCUACCAAUCCGCCACCUCCUCCCCCGACAUCCAACCCUGCUUGA